AUGUCGAAGAAAGGGACAUCGCAGAGUUCCUUGGACAAGAAGCCUCUUAGCAGCAGCAAGACGGAGGGUGAAGACAAGACGGCACAGGUGCCAAGGUCGAAGACAGCAAUGCAGAGGUCUCGUUCUCGUUCCCCAGAUCUUGUCGUUCAACGCGAUCAAGUCUCCCCAAGGGCUCGAGACAAAGUUUGGAACUGGAAGCUCGGAAAUCUCAGCAAGCAAAGUUUGGUAAUGCAAGGCAGGGAUGUGGUCGUUCGAAAGGUGCUCGAUUCGUGCGCAGACGUGCUUCUCUCGCAGCAGUUCCCUCCUCUCGUUCAGGAGAGCGUGUUUGAGGUCCCUCCGGAUGCGUUGGAGGAAGAGGACGACUGGGAGUGGCAUGCGACUGCUCGAGCAGUGGGAGUGAAGGCCCUUCAAAGUCUUGCUACGAGGCAUACGCAGGCGUUGGCAGAGAAGGAGUUUAGCGAAGAGGUGGCGCGGCAGUCUCAGAUGGAGCUGACGACUCUAAGAGCAAAAAUUUCUGAGUUGGCAUCAGUUAUAGAGGGCCUGCAGAACGAUCUCCUCAAGGAGAGACAGCGGUCAAGAGAUCUUGUGAACAAGGAGAAAGAGCUCAAGGCUACGCAUGCUGUCACUCUUGACCGUCUCACGCAGACCAAGGGGCAGGAGAAGAACAGGCUGACGAUGGAGAUGGAGAAAUUGAAAGACAACAAUGCGAGGAUGAAGUCCAACUUUGAGCAGGUGGAAAGUGACAUGGCCAAGUUAGAGACCCAGUACCGUCACCUGGAGAGCAGGUGCAGGGAGCUGGAGCAUGGGAACAUCCUCCUCCUUGCCGACGCCUCGUCGUCGUCUGCGGAGGCGAAGGCGAUGCAGCAGGAGGUGAAGAAGUUGGACGAGAACUUCUCGUACGCGCGCAAGAGGCUCGCGUCCGUGAACAACUACAUGACGGGGAUAGAGAACGACAACCAGAAGAGGACGCAUGAUGCGGAGAACAAGAUCAAGCUGCUGGAGACGAUGCUGGCGGAGGAGAAGACGGCAAGAGUCAAGAUCAGCAACGACAUGACGGACGUGAUCAACAAGAAGGACGAGGAACUUGAGAGGCUGCGGGCGGUGAUACAACAGGAUGCGUUCAAGAAGGAGCUUCAGAUUGUCGAGCUGGCAAAGGAGAACGAUAUGCAGCGGCAGGAGAUUGAGAUGCUGAGGGCAAAGAUCGACAAGCAUGUCUUGCAGAGAAGGUGGAUGUGGUUGAUAGUCAUUUGUCAGCUGUCGAGGUCGGUCAUGGUGCGAGAUGUUCAGUUGCAGACUGAGAACUUGUCGUCGGUACAAACAGUCUCAACGCAGACAGACAUGAAGGUCGUUAGCAACGAGACCAAGAAGACCAACAAGUACAUGUCAGCGUCGUUGGACAUCAACUCUAUCUCCUUCUCGACAACUUUUGCGCAGGUUCAUGACAAACACUUGAGCGUUGUCGUGGCUUUCCUGAACCUUCAGUUGCAGUUCUUGCAUGCCUGGCAUGUUAUCGUCGACAAGGCAAACAGGCUUGAGAUGGAGGAUGUCAAACAGAUCGCCAUGUCACCCGACGCUCUUUUGGAGAAGAUCAACAUGUGGUACUCGCGGAAGGUCGUCGUCGAUCAGCUCGACGAUUACAACCAGAGGAAACGGCAGCAUCUCGCCCACUUCGUCUUCGAUUCCAUCCUGUGCGAGACAGGACAGGCCGAGCAAGGUUUCGAGAAGAUGAUAGUCCUGGUGGCAAACGUGCUGCAGUACGUUCUCCGACCAGAUUCCACCAGCUCCGACAGCAACAAGAAAACCACCAAAAACACCGAGGACAAGGGCAAACAACCUCCUGCCAACCAGCCAACGGCCGUCAGGCAGGCUGAGGACGUGGUGCACGAGACGAACGCGAUCGUUAGGAGGGUCAACAAGGCAAUCGCCAAGUUCUCUUCCAUGAUCACCGCAGACCCCAAGGCCCUCGCGCUCAGCAGGAGGAUGAAUCCCCAGCAGAAGCUGGAGCACUGGAUUGAAGAGCAGAGGGUGGACAAGUUCGAGGUCAUGAGGAUAAGCAUGUUUGCAACCUUGCUCGGCAUCAAUCCCAAUAAAAGAUGGGACGUCGACAUGCAACAGGAGGCUGCGGAUCUCUACCUUGAGGCUGCAGUCCAGAUGAGGAAGGGGCAGCUCCCGUUGCUUCCUUCCAACACUGCAGAAGGGACAGCAGAAGUUUUCAUCGCCAUCCCUGAGAUGGCAGCAGCGAUCGAUGAAGUCUGUGGGAACAUGCGGGCAGUGGAGCGACAGAAGAUGAGGACCAAGAUCGAGCAGCAAGUGAAGGAGCUGCGUGGAGGAAAGAUGUUGAUCAACCUCGACAAGGCCCUCGAGCUUCUGGUGGACUUGUGGAAGACUACGAUGUCGGCGGAGGGCAAGCGUCUCCCCAGCAGCAGGCAGAUGCUGCGCAUGUACUCGCAAAUGUCUGUCUGCUCCUCCGUCGACGCGGGAGUCUUCUGCAAGGUUGCCAGGCAGCACGAGCUGGGAAAAAUCCAGGUGGGAAAGAUCAGCAAGUCCCUCAAGGCUGGGCGGCAGCUGGAGGAGCAGGAGAAAGUCUUUGCGCUGCUGGAGCAGUACUGGAGGGGUAUGGAGGGCAGUGUCCAGCAGGUCGCCAGCACUCUGUCGAAGUCGCCGGAGGCUCAGGAGCUGGAAGAGCUCGUCGCGCUGUUCCGCAUCCUCAUGCAGGAGAAGAGCGACCCUGCGCAGGCCUUCCAUACCUACCGUCUGCUUGUGCAGGAAUUUCAGAGUGUGAUGGACCGGGGGGAGCUGAAGAAAAAGAAGAAGGAGCUGCUGAAAUCAAGCAAGUAG